GUCAAGCGCGAAAAAAAUUUCGUCGAUUUAUUAAUGAUGAAUUAGUAUGGCGUUCACAAUAUGAAUUACUUAAUGGACUCUAUUGUUUAGAUAGAAUACCAUGUGUAAUCAAAGAAACAAAUGAUAAAUUACAAGCUGUAUUAGAAGAUGGACGUUAUAGAUUUGAUCGUAUUAAUCCAAAUUUAUUUACUUAUGAUCAAACUAAUCUUAUUAUUCGAAAUAUAACUGAUGAUGAAAUACUUGAUGAUUUAACAUUAGAACAAAAAUUUGAAUUUAAUUUUACACAAUCAGAUGUUAAAGAUCGUUUAGAAAUUAUCAAUGAAUUAGUUACUGGACAAAUAUCAGAUCCAAGUAUUUAUUUAAAUCAAAAAGGUGAUGGUUCAAAUUCAGUACGUGAUCGAAAAGCAGCAAACACGAAUUCUAUGCCUCCACCAAAAAAUAUCUAUCAUCCAAGUUCUCCACGUCAUGAAACACAUGAUCAUCAACAACCUGAUUCGAAUACAAAUGAUCCAUUUGGUUUUAAACAUAUUCGUUUAUAUAUCGAUCGUUUUCUUGUACAUUAUCGUCGAUCAAUUGUUCUUGCACAUCGUUCAAAUAAUUGGACAUUAUUACAGAAUGUUUCGAAAUCAUUCUAUGAUUCGAUUGAACAACUUAUACAAUAUUUAUCAACAACAACAUUAAAUAAAAUAUUUUCAAUCAAUGCUUUACUUUCACAUAGUUAUCAAACAAUGUUUAUAGCAAGUGAAUUAUUACUUGAUAUGCUCUAUCGUACGAAACCAUUCUAUGAUAAUAAUAAUGAAAAAUUAUCAAAUACAAAUACAAAUAAAUUAAAUCAAUGGUUUACAAAUAUUGAAUGUUCAUGGACUGGUACAACAUUUAAUUUUGAACAACCACAAGAUCGUACUGUAUUAAUUGAUUUAAGAUUUAUAAAAUUAUUUAUUUUACGCUCACUACACGCAUUAUAUGUUGCUGCUAAAUGGGAAAAAUUAGGAACAAUAGCAAUGAAAUUCAAUGCGUUAUCUGAUCAUUAUUUUGCUGAUAUAGUUAGUCCAUUAUUAAUUUCAGCUCAAACAGCUUUAUUACAACAAUUACGUGAUCGACAAAAUACAAUAGAUCAACCACAUUUUGAUGCUGCUAUUGCUGCACUUGGUCGACCUAUACAUCCCGAUGAUUUUUAUACACUUAGACCAGAAAAACUUUAUCAAAUAUCUGAUAGUAUGUAUGAAAAUUCAACAGCAAAUUUAAGUCUUGGUGAUCGACUUGAUCCAAAAGGAUUUGAUUUCUAUGCUCAAACAAAUCAUGCAUUGGAAUUAAUUAGUAUACCAUUGGAUGUUGAAUUUAGUCGUAAACUUUUACGACAAGGUUUAGAUAAAACUUAUUUUUCAUCUCGAUCAAUAAUUGAAUGUCGAAAAAUGUUAGCAUUUUAUAUCUAUAAACAACAACAACAAUUAGCAAAAGAUUUUCUUAUAUUUACACCAAUUAUUGAUAAUAUUGGACGACAUGGAUCAGGAAAAACAGAUCAAACUGUAUCAACAUUUCAUUAUCGACCAUUAACACCUGGUGAACCAUUAGAAUUUUCACCAUUAGUUAAUAAUAAAAAUGAUACAUCACCAUCAACAAAAAUUACUAAAGAAUCAGUUAUUGAUGCAUAUCAAACAUUAUCAAAAUUAUUAUUGGGUCAAAAUCUUCGUGAUCAAUAUUGUCAAGUACAAAGUGAAUUAGGUGAUUUAUAUCUUCAUUGUGACAAAAUAAUGGAAUCUAAAGUUGCUUGGUGUAAUGUACUUGAUACGAUUCUUGAUAGUCAAGAUAUUGUAACAACAUGGUUUAAAAAAGAUGCAUUGAAAAAUUUACUUUCAAAUCGAACACAAUUAAUACAAAAAUGUGGUAUAUGGGGAAGUUUAUUAUGUGCUAUUGUUACAUGUAAAUUAGCUAAGUAUUAUAUGCAUAUCAAUUGUGAUCAACAUCUUCAAACAUGUUUAUUAAGUUCAUAUUUUUUACGUUCAAUAUUUUAUUAUACUUUACCACAUUCUGAACAUGAUAUUGAUUAUGCAACAUUAUUUAUUGAUAAUUCAAUUCAUGUAUGGCCUGGUGUUCAAUUAACAAGUGAUGAAUUUCGUUUGAAUCCUUCAGCUCUCAUGGAUACAUUAGCUUAUAUAUCAGAAUCUCUUAUUCAUCAUGAUAUUUGUCUUCAUGUACUUCCGAUUGUAUCACUUUAUGAUGUUUUUGCUUUACAUUGUCGAAAUAUUCAACAUACAGUACAAGCACGACUUUUACGUUUACGUGCUCUUAUUCAACUUAAUCUAUUUCAUGAAGCACAUCAAAUUAUUAAUAUACUUAUCGAUGGACAAAAAUUACCUGGCACACAAUUACCUGGACAAUAUCGAUUAAGUAUUGCUGAUAUGAAUUCAUCAAAAUAUAAACCAAAAUAUUUCGAUAAUUCAAAAAGUAUUAUAUCAAAUCAUAAUAUAGAAGCAUUGGAUGGUCUUUUAACUUCAAAACUUUCCAAGACAAUAUCUCAACUCUAUGGAAAUCAUUUAUCUAUUGAAUUUCAUUAUCUAUUAUCAUUAUUUUUUAUCCGUCUUGGUGAACGAAUACCAGUUAUUGCUGAUCUUGAUCUAUUUCAAGAUAGUGAAUUAAAACGAAUUCUAACAACACAGACACGUCAUCGACACAAUUAUAAUACUACUGAUACAACAGGAAAAGGAAAAUUAAUUAUAUUUCAAGAUGAAACAACACAUUCAUUUGUACAUAUUAAAUCUUAUCUUGUUGGUACAGGAAAAUUAUUUGCAGAAAAAUGUUUAAAUAUAUUACAACAAACCGAUGAAUUAUCACGUGAUCAUCCAUCAAAUUUACAAUCUUAUGAAUAUCAACUUCUUAUCGAUUGUUUAACAUUAUUAUCUGAAUGUGCACAUCAAUGUCAUUUAGAUCAGUUAGCAGCAAGAUAUAUACUUGAAACAUUAAAAGUUUUAUCGACAGUUGGUGAAGAUAAUACUUCGGAAAAGAAAAUAGCGAAUGGAACUGCAAAACGUAAAUCAUCGUAUCCUCGUUCAAGUACAAUAACUCGUUAUCCACAUAAAGUAUUAAAUGCAUUAAAUAUUCUUUUUAAUAAUCGUUAUUCGUAUAAUUUAAAUGUUUAUACAUGGUUAAAACAACGUGCUUAUCUUUGUUAUAUAAUGUUACAACAAAUAAAUACAUUAGGAAAAGUAAAAGGUACAGAUGAUUCUAUACGUGAAGAGUUAGCAAAUAUUACUGUUUAUAUUGAUGAUGGAUUAAAUGAAUCGGAAAAAUAUCAAUGUGAAUCAAUGCAAGCGACAUUUUUACUUUAUAAAUCAUUGAAUAAUUUAAGUGAUUUAGUUGAUAUUAAAGAAAAUAUUCAACGAUUAACUACAACCUAUCAAUUAUUUCAAUCAGCUUUAGUUAAUAAACAAAAUAAUAUUUUAUCAAUUGAUAUUUUACAUAAGAAAGUAUUAACACAAAUACUUCUUUGGGAACAUCAAUGUGUUCAAGAUUUUAAUGGAACUGUUAUCAAAUUAAUUGAAGAAAAAGAAAAUGAGAAAUUACAAUCAUCUAUACUUGAUUUUCUUGUUCAAAUGCAUGAACGUAUACAAAUGACUAGUUCAAAUCAUCCUCAUGAUUGGUUUGCUAUGCCAAUAAUACCAUUGAAUAAUCUUUAUUCAUCUUUAUUACUUCCACUUGUAUUUGCUAAAUUACGCGUAGGAACUAUUAUAGUUGAUUAUGCAUAUCGUACAUCAAAUGAAAAUCCAACAAUGAAUAAUUUAUUUGAAAAUGCUCAAACACUUUUUCGUCAAUGUUUAACACUUAAUCGAAUUAUAGUUGAACGUUAUAUUAAUAUUGAUUACGAAUGUCUUUUACAUUUAGCUCGUAUUGGUCGUUUACAAACACGUACAACAUUAACAACAACAACGGUUCCAUUAAAAACAAUUGUACAAAAAUUAAUUAAUGCGAUACGUCUUUGUUAUUUAAGUACAAGUGAUAGUCAAUUUAUUCAAACAUGUUAUUUUGAAUUAGCUAUUAUUUUACUGGAAUAUUCACGUGUACCAGUAGAUGAUACAAGAAAAUUAUCAAUUAAAUCAGUACCAUUAACUAGAUCAACUGAACAAGUAAAACAACGACAAAUGAAAUCACGAUCAAGUGUAGCCGCUGUUAAUAGUAAUACACAGCGUCAACAACAACAACAACCAAUAAAACAAGCAGCAGCUAUGGCGAUACGUACAGCAACACAAAUGGCUAUAAAUCAAAAACAACGUGUUCAAUUACCUGGAUUAGCUGAAGAAUUUACUGAUACGAUUGAAACACAUUGGCCAACAUAUUUAGCAGGUGAUAUUAUUGGUUAUUUUGUAUUUCCGGAACGACGACGUGUUUUUAAAACUGAAGCAGAACGAGAAAUUCUUACAUUGGCACCUCAUUUCGAAGCAAAAUCAUUACCAGAAUCAUUUGAUUCAAAACUUGAUCGACUAAAUUCAAUUGCAUCAGAAGAUCUAACAUGGUUACAUCUUCUAAAUUAUCAAAAUGUUGUUGCGAAACGUAUUGAUAAUCGUCAAUUACUUUCAUUUGAUUGUGAUUCUGUUGGUCGUUCAAAUCUUUUCUUUUUACAUGUUUUUCCACGUCUUGCUGGUGUUACACAGACAUUACAAUCGCUAUCACAUUAUUUCACUCAAUGUGUACCUAUAUAUCCAUCAGAAAUUUAUAAUCAAAAUAUUUUACAAUCAAUAUCAUCAUCAACAGAUAAAUUACCUAAUCGUGCAUCAGUAUCAUCAGCACGUACAAUGCGUAGUACACAAAGUUAUAGUAAUGAAUUAACUUCUGAUGAUCUUCGACAUUGUCCAAAUAUUAAUCUAAAUAUGCUUAGUAAAGAAUUAACAGAUGAACAAUUAAAUACAAGAUUUAGUUUAGCAUGGUAUUCAUCAAAUACUAUACGAAUGGAUACAACAGAUGAACAAAAUCAAAAAUUACCAUCUAUAUAUGGUUUUUAUACAAAUGCUCAAGGUGAUAUAAUCAAUGUCAUUUCUGUACCAUUAACUCAUUUAAUUAAUCUUCAUAAAAAAUAUUUACCAAUUGCUCAAAUUGCUGAAAACGAUCCAAAACAAAUAAAUCAAAAUCAAAUAAAUUCUAUGAUACAAGAAUUAUUUCAUCUCUUGACUGGAGAACAAACAGCUAAUGAUAAUGAAAGUCUACCAAAAAUUAUACCACAUUUAACUGAUUCAAAUGCAUAUGUUGAACUUGAAUGGUUUCUUAAUGCAAAAUUUGGAGCACAAACAAAUAAUAAACCUCUUUGUGAUUGGUUUAUUGAAACAUUUAAACAAUCUUCAAAUACAUUAUUAUGA